UCAGCCCUUCUUAUUCUCAUUCUUCUCCCACUCUCAUCUUAUUGCAUUCAAAUUCAGUAUCCCUUUUGAGUAACCAGUUUGCAGAUUCAUACGUACCCGUUUUGUUUCUUGACUGUUAAGUUUUUUUUGUUCACCGACUUCGGAUUGGCGGCGAUGGGUUUCUUUUCUUCUCCUAAAAGAUUACUGGGUUCUAUUUAGUUUUUCGAUCUUCCUCUGUUUUUGUGAUUUUCUUUCUUGAAUUGGGUUCUGGGUUUGUUUGAUUUUCGUUUUAUAUUUCAGUAAUUUGGCGAUUCGAACCGUCAUUGAUUGGCGGUGAUCGUUUUCGGAUUCUAUAUAGCCCAGUUUGAUAUCUGGGUUCUUUGUUUAGUACUCUGUUUUCUUGUUCGUUGUGUCUGUAAUCGAUGGAGAACAUUCAGGAUCAAUGUCGGUUACAGUUUCAGCUAUUUGGAAGCGAUCACCGUCUUGAAAAUGGAGUUGAGCCUUUAAUGGCUUCCAAGACAUCGGGAAACCAUGAUUUCUCCGAUGACGGAGAUUUUAACGGUCCCGAUCAGGAGUCGGUGGUUUCGGAUUCUGAAAGCGGAAUUUCAGGGCCGAGUGUGGAGCAAUUGGAAUGGCGCAAUGGGGAUUUGGUUAAACUUGUGGAACAAGACAAGAUUUACGACCUAAUCGAGAGAAGAUUCGUUAAUGGUUUGGGAAUACUUGGUCCGCAAACCACGGUCUCGGCUGUUUACAAGAAUAGCCACUCGACUCAUAUUGGGCAAGCCCGAUUGCACGCCUUUCAGAUUUACUCGCAAGCAAUAGCGAAGAAAAAUGGGGGUAAUGCCAAUGUCCAGUACGCUUGGUUGGGUGCUUCUAAGGAUCAAAUCAAUAACAUUCUCGGCUAUGGCUUUGCCCAUUGCAACAAGCCCGAGAGUUCGCAGUUUCUUGGCCGUGGCGUUUAUCUAUCCCCUGAUGCUCUUCCUCUAGAAAGCCUGGAAGAUACUGUUGUUGAUGAAGAUGGCUUACGGCAUCUAUUGCUCUGCCGUGUCAUAUUGGGGAAAACAGAGCUUGUUCAUCCUGGUUCUAGACAGAAUCAUCCAAGUUCUGAAGCGUUUGAUUCUGGCGUUGAUGAUCUCUUUGCACCAAGGAAAUACAUAGUUUGGAGCACACACAUGAACACACACAUCUUGCCUGAGUAUCUAAUCAGUUUUAGAACUCCUCCUCCUCCUCCUCCUCGAUCGAAGGAGGCUAAACAGCCUUCGAGAAUGCCAACCUCCCCUUGGAUGCCAUUCCCAGCUCUGAUAUCUGUUCUCUCUAACUUUUUACCUUCUCCAGAAAUUGCCAUGAUCAGCAAGUAUCACAAAGAGCACAGGGAUCAUAAGAUAUCGAGGCAUGAGCUGAUCAAGCGAGUGAGGCAGAUAGCGGGGGACAAGCUGUUGAUACAUGUAAUCAAAUCAUUCAGGGCGCAGCAAAGUAGAAAUGAAGCAAGAAAUGGACAGAGAGCGGCAGGGAGUGUAGAGUCACCAAUCUUGUUGGAGUAGUUGGAUUUGGAACUUGUUGCAGUGUCUGUUCCGUUACAAUGGAGAGACGGGAGCACGAGCGAAGAAGAAUAAGAAGAAGACGGGAAUUCGAGGAGGAAUACAGAGUUAUAAAGCGAAAUGUAUUGGCUGAAACUAAGAUGUAUCUUGGAAACCAUACUGUACAGAAAAAGCUUUUGUUUACAAAUGGAAGAUGUAGCAGCAACAUUAUCAGCAAAAUCUUAUCAUUGUUACUUUAGAAACUAAGUAAACGUGCUUGUACUUGUGCUUGAUGACGACGACCUUGGAGAUGAAUAUGGUCUUUAUGGAGGGGAUAAGGGCUCAGCCUUUGCACUUAAACUUGGACCUCUGCCUAAAAUGAUGCUUGAUCUUGUUCUUAUUAUAUGAUACAGAGUUAGUUGUAGCUUGUGACUAGUAAAUUUAUGAAAUGUGAUUGCAAACCGACC